UUGGAGGCGGAGUUACCGCCUCACAUUGAAAACCAGGAACACCAUUGGAUCUAACGAUAGCUGUAUUUACCGCCAAGCCAGGUGGCGAUGUAAACAAAAGUAGUCAGGUGUACUGAAACUAGUGUUAGAACCGUAACGCUGAGCUUACUCCACUUAAAGCACGAAUUCGUCGAUUGAUGUAACGAUAUAACGUUAAAAGUCACGCGCUCAGCUGUUGUCGUUGACGCUUUGUCGAAGCUGCAGAGGUUGUUAGCUUAGGUUAGCUUAAGUAACGUAGCAUCUGCUGCGAACAAAUGGAGCCCUCCUUGGUGUCUUUGCAGAAUCCUGACCUGAGUUUGUAUCUGUAUUCCAGCUCUGUCCUUUCAUCGUGUGAGCCCGAGCUCCAGGAGCUGAUGAGACAGAUUGACAUCAUGGUCAACCAUCAGAGGAGGGAGUGGGACGCUGAGAUGCAGGCCAUGGACCUCAGGCUGAGAAGUGGGGAAGAGGAGCUGUUGACUGCCAGGAAUCUCAUUGAACGGAGGGACCUGGAGAUCGGAUUGCUCCGCAAGCAUCUAGAAGAAGUCCAGACCGGUAGACAAGAGUUGGUUAGCAAGUACGAGCAGCAGCUGCAGAAAGUCCGGGAAGAGUUGGAUAAACUAAAGAGAAGUUAUCUCAAGCUUCAGCGGAAACAGCUCAAGGAGACGAGUGGCGGAGCAAACGUGAGAGAGGCCGACCGCUCCGAGGUGACCCGACUCAAUGAAAAGAUCGAGGUGCCACAGACGUCCAUUCCCUUUAUGUCCCGGCCCUUCCAUUGCCCAUCACAGAUUUCCCCGUACCGCCGUCCACUGGUUAUGUGGAGUGUGUCCAUCCUUGUCUCUCCCUUACAGGACGAUCGCCAGUGCUCUUUAAAAUGGGAACAGCAACGUAUCCAGCUCCAAAAACAACUGUCGACGCUCGAGGCCCAAAAUAAGAGUCUGACUGAUGAGCUCACACACCUGAAAGCCCAGUGGGCUUUGUGGCAGAAGGACAGGGAGCACGGGGAGUGCUGUCCAGAGGUGCAGCACGUGCGUACGCAGCUGGAGAAGACUCAGGGCAGCAUGCACUCACAGGAGCUGGAACUGGAACGCCUCCGGCUGCUGGAGAUGUGGCUGGGACAGCACCACAGAGAGCAGCAGCAGGUCCCUCUAGAGGAAAGAGGGGAACUCCACUCCUCGCCUAACUCCCAGCGUUCCUCUGUGCAGAGAGCCACUCCGCAACACCAAAGGCUCCGCAACGAAGCUGCCGAGCUCCGACAACUACUCCAAGUGAAAGAUCAAGUGGUUCGCUCUCUGGAGGACUGCCUGGCGGCUCGGGGCUGCGCAGGCGUGGAAACCCUCAGUCAAGAUCUGGAGAAGACUGCAACCAGGCUCCGCUGCUCCGAAGCGCGCGAGGCUCAGCUCAAGGCCCAGCUGGCAGCGCUCACCGACAGGCCGGAGAAGGAGAGUCGACGGAGUAGCGAGGCACAACGCGACGCCGCUGUUGCGGAAGCGAAAAAGCUCCGGGAAGAGCUCCACAGUGCCAGGCAGACUCACCGCGGCGAGGUGGAGGGAAUGAGGAGGGAGGUGUCCAAGCUGACCGCUGAGCUGCACCAGAGCAACGGCGACCUCGCCGCGCUGAGGGGCUCCUCGGCCGGCGUCCGAAGCGAGGCGGAGCGAGCGCAGCGGAGGGCGGCUGAGCUCGCGAUCACUCGCGCACAGCUGGAGGCUGAGAACCAGCAGCUGAAGGCUCUGCUGCAGCCUCAGUCCGCCAAGACAGGAGAUCCCUCGCAUGCGUCCUUGAGGGAGAGCCACGCGCCGCCUCUGAUCAGCCCGGAACGAGAGAACCGGCAGCUGAGGCAGGCGAUGGAGGAGAUGCAAGAGCGAUAUGAGCGAGCCUUCCUCAGCCGCGCCACGAGGGACCAGCCCCAGCCUGCUUGUCGCGAUGAAGCCACCCGAUAUGGCGAAGACGGGGACGGGAUGCAGAGCGAGUGCGUAGACAACGCCCUGUCUUCUCCCUCUCCAGCGGAGUCCACGUCACCGGCGGACGACAGGGCCUGCGAUUUCCUGAAUAGAGAAAGCGUUCUGGCCGAGGAGCUGGUCCAGACACUGGACCUUCACAUCCAGGCCAUGAGGGUCAACAGCAACAAGAUAGAGUCCAAGUAUCCAGGUGGCUCGGGGCCGCAGUCCGCUCAGACUCCGGCCAAGAAAAGUGUAACAAAAGAAGAAUAGAAAGCUGCCUUCGACAGCAGUGUGAAGGAUGGCGCUCCUGCGCGUGGUGGAGGAAGACGUUUAACGUUAGAGAGACAAUUGUAACUGCACAGUUCACGGGGGCUCUGGCGUGCGCUGUGGCCUCAUGCAACCUGGCCCGCCAUCCAGCUUACCCAGAGGCUGACUGAUUAAACGCGUUGCAUCACCGCAUGUCUUAUUCUGCUGAUAAUCGCAUCCUGUGCAACAGACUCCGUGUUUGUAAUCCAAAAAAAGAUGACGGAAAGAUGUUCAAACUAGACCAGCGUUUUACAGCGCGGUGAAUCUACUGAAAGCUCUCAUUGUCAGCUGGUAAUGUUUUGCUUUGCCUUUUUUUUUUGCUGCCCUCGUUUUUGUUUUAGGGAUGACAAUUAUUGUUAAUCUCCCAGUCAUUUUCCAGAUUUAUUCAUUAUUUAAUCUGUAAAUAAAGCUUUAGAUAACCAUUCAUUGUAUACUAGCUGAAGCUAGUAAUCAUUUUGCCUCUAUUUGACAGUGUAAAAACUGUAAAGUAAGUUUCAGGAAGCCGCAUCUGACAAACUUUAAGCGUGAAGAUGGUGAACCCACGGGCUGUUGUGCCAGAGACGUGUUGUUGCAUUCCAUCCACGCCUGGACAACAUCUGGCGUUCCAGUUGUGAAUUGUGUUGGAUUUCCUGGAUCUUUUUUUUUAAAUUUUUUUUUCAAGAUCUGAUUUUACAUCAAGAUUGUUUGUGUUUUUGCACACCUGUCAGUCAGGGCUGGAUUUUAUUAUAAAACCACAGAAGGAAAGUGCCCUUUAAUCGAUUGAAAUGGCGUUUCCAUAACUGCUUGCUGUGUUCCACCCGGGUCCUUUGCACCCUUUACCCAUAGGACUCUGCACAUUCCAAUUCAUCACGUUGCCUGGAACAUUGAUGCAACUUUACAUUUACGUCCAGAGAGAAGAACGUCUCAGUGAGACAAAGGAGCUUCCGUCUUCCCUGCGCGCCUGUCCUGACGGGGAAAAUCCCACAUGUGUACAUGUGCAGGGAGGGCGAGGAGGCAGCUUCAGCCCGUCGCUCUCCUCGUUUCCCCCAGUUACUUGUCUCAAGCCCCCCCAACCGCUCCAGCACCGCCCGCCCUGCAGAGGCCCCCUGGCCAGUCGAGUGCAGGAAUGCGUGCGCCCUGCCAAUGCUGUCACGAACCUUCCCUUGCGGCUCGCUUUGUCCUCCUCAUUAGAAAAGCUGAUGGAAUGUUAAUAUCAACCAUGUGGGGCGCUCAACCUCCCAAACGCCGAAAGGCAGCAGGGGGAACAGUUCUAUUUUACUGCUUCCCUAACGAAAAAGGCUGAUAGAAAGAAUGGAAAUAAAGUGGGGAAAAACAAAUUUGAA